UAUUUACAUGUAACAGGGUUAUCUUUGUGGAGCCUUUGAAUUCCAGGGUUUUGCGGCCUAGGAGGUGAAGGGGGCAUCCCCUCCCCCCCCUGGAGUUGGGGAGGGGGUUAGAAUCUACAGCAAGAAAAGAAAUUAAGGAUGUCCCAGUGGGGGUAGAUUUAGAGCACAUUUACGUCCCCUUCAACACAUCCCAAAUUAAGUGCAAAUGCAGGUCAUGAAAAAUGUGUAAUUGAUUGGAGAUGCUGCAAACAAACACAAACAGGUCAGGGUGGAAAACACAAACAAAACUUUAAGUGAAAGAAAAGAUUUCCGGGGGUGGGGGGGGGAAUCCGUGGCCUCCACACCCCCUUCCAACCCUCGCUGGCUCCCUCCCUUCCUUUCUCCGCUGCUCCAGGGAAGCAGCCGGGCUGCUGCCCAGCGAAGAGCCGGGAAGCGACGGCCGCGGCUCCGGGCGCGGGUUCCGCUCUGAGGGUUCAGAGAUGCCAACACGCCCGGGAGGCUGACGUCGGGGGCGUGGGGCUACGAUGCCUCUGCGAGGAUGGCGCGGUGUCAGAGCCAUUGGCCGCCAGUGGUCAUCAAUCAAUCCGGGGCUGGGGGAGAGGGAGAGAAAGAAAGACAGGCGCCCAGCGGAGCCGGGGGCCGCGAGCGCCAGCGCCAGCAGUGCCAGCAGCGGCGGCGGCGGCGGUGGCGGCGACGGCAGUGGCAACGGGGGACUGAACGAAAACGCCCAGCGGUAUUGAUGAGUAGAUCCUUGGGUUCAGAGGUUGGCUGACACGCACCAUGCCUGCUUCCAUCUUUUGCUCCGGAAAGUUGUGAGUUGCUCAUGCCUAUAAAGGAGGAAGGAUGGCACAUGGGGUUCCCUCUCAAGGCAAAGUUACCAUCACUGUGGAUGAGUACAGCUCUAACCCCACCCAGGCCUUCACGCACUACAACAUCAACCAGAGCCGAUUCCAGCCGCCACAUGUACAUAUGGUCGACCCCAUCCCAUAUGACACUCCAAAACCAGCGGGCCACACGCGGUUUGUCUGCAUCUCAGACACACACUCCAGAACAGAUGGUAUCCAGAUGCCUUAUGGGGACAUCCUUCUCCACACAGGCGAUUUCACCGAGCUGGGACUGCCCUCAGAGGUUAAGAAGUUUAAUGACUGGUUAGGAAACCUACCAUAUGAAUAUAAAAUAGUGAUUGCUGGGAAUCAUGAACUGACAUUUGAUAAGGAAUUCAUGGCAGACCUUGUUAAACAGGACUACUACCGUUUCCCCUCUGUGUCCAAAUUGAAACCAGAGGACUUUGACAACGUUCAGUCCCUCCUGACAAACAGUAUUUACUUACAAGACUCGGAGGUAACAGUGAAGGGAUUCAGGAUAUACGGUGCACCUUGGACCCCGUGGUUUAACGGAUGGGGCUUUAACCUACCCAGAGGUCAGUCUCUGCUGGACAAGUGGAACCUCAUCCCUGAGGGCAUCGACAUUCUCAUGACACACGGACCUCCUCUAGGUUUUCGAGACUGGGUUCCAAAGGAGCUUCAAAGAGUGGGCUGCGUGGAGCUUUUAAACACAGUCCAGAGGCGAGUCCGGCCCAAGCUCCAUGUGUUUGGUGGAAUUCAUGAAGGGGCAGGAAGCAGCCCAGUCUGCAGAACCUCCAGGGUAGACUGGCUCAUGGACAGAGCUUCCUUCUGCUGGUCCAGGUUCACCACUUUAUAUGCGUUAACUGCCUCCGGAGGGGCCAGAAGGACCGCCCAGAGGCCUGACGCUUUCUCCACUGGGCCUCAUCACAGGAAACAUUCGAAAUAGCUCUCACAGAUUGAGCACUUUCUGUCUUCCCAUCAGCAGGCACCCUGCUGAGCAGGUCUCCUAUGUUGUUUCUAAUCCCACAGAACCCUGGGAGAGGUUAAAUAAGCCCCGCUUCAUAGAUGGAAAACUAAGGCUCCAAAACUUGAAUAACUUUCCCUAGGAAAACGGAAGGUUCCAAACCAGGUCGGUCUAACUCCAUGACUCCUGCCUUUUUCAUCACCCUGCCUGUGGAGCAGACAUAAGAGCGGAUAUAAAACUGACGUGGAGCUGGGGACGUUGCCUAUCCCUCAUGUUGGAACUGCCGAGGGCUUUAUCACAGCAUCACGUCAGCACAACACAGUGGAUGAGAACACAGAGCCUAGAGCCAUCAUGCCUGCUCGUCCUGGCUCCACCGUGAACUAGCCUUUGGCUGGGUACUUACCAUCUCUGUCAAAUGCGGGUGCUGAUAAAGUUGUUGUAAGUUGUUAUACGAGUUGAUAUGUGGAGAUCACCGCCUGGCAUCCCGUAAGUGGUACACGUGUGUUUAUUAAAUAAGGUGCCCCGGACUGCCCUGAGAUUCUCCAGGCAGGACCUGUCUUGUGGACUCCUUACCCUAAAGAGCACGAGGGCAUUGUUUCUGAGAAAAAAAUGUGUUUGUGUGCAUUCCUUGGAAACUGCAGUAAACCUCUCUUCAUCAGAAUAUGAAGAACCCUAAGGGAAUUUGCGAGAUGCAGAUAAGAGAGUCUGACUUUUCAGUUUGGGUAUCAUAUUUUGCCAAAUCCCUUCUAAUCUCAGAAUAGGAAGGGGCUGUCCUCUUUCAUGUUGCUUUAAAAGGCACCUUUGGAUCUCAGCAUCUCUCUCCCCUCCGAGUCUUUACCUUCCUUCUCACCAUCUCCUUCAAGCUCCAUUAGUGAAUGUUUUUCUCUACAUUUUCUUCCAAUCCCCUUUUGUCUUAUAAAGAUAUUGGUGUUGGGGGGUGGGGGUGAGGGGAUCGCUGAAAUCCCCUUAAGAGGCAGGUCACUGUGACUCUGACAGGUGGCCAGCAUUAAGCCUGCCUUCAUCUCCAUCACUUAAGUAAAUAAAUACUGUGACCCAGGUCUUAAGUAGGGAGAAACAGAAGCUUGGAGGAUUUGGGAUUUGUCAAUUGCAGAUAAAACACUUGCUGUGACCAGAAUAAUGCCCCCUCCCCCAACCCUCGUUCAGUGAGGAAAUGCUGCUUUGGCAGAGUGAACAUGCACGCAUUCGUUUGCUUUCCCAGUAUCUUUCCAUGCCCUAGUCUCUUUUCUAAGAGUCUUAAGGUACUUUUUGUUUAAUUACUAAAGUGAAUUAAGGUCUGCUUUGUUUUGAGAAUUUGACUAUGAGAUGAGACAUUUGGGAACACUGCUGAGCAUGGGGCAGGAGGCAGCUGUGAGUGUUGAGGGUUCCAGGACUGGGCAGUCUGUACUUCUCUCAGUCUUAAUGGGUGGUUUCACAGAGGGCUUCAGGCCCAUUUCUGUAUGCCAGCUCCUUAAUACAAAACGUUUUUUUCUCCUUCUUCCUAAUGAAGUAGCAGGCUUACUGCAUGUGUGCCCACUCCCCAGCAUGGCUCUUGCAGAAGUUUAGAGCUACUUUCCUUUUCUUUCCAAGGUGUCAGCUCUACCUUUCUGUUCUGAUCCUGCCUGCCCAUGAUUCAGAAGCCUCUCUGAGAAGUCUUCCUCUUUCCUGGUGCCCAUGUAAAGUCAGCCUCUCCAGCUCCUGAGAAGCUCAGAGAGGGUCAGUGGCACCACCAUGGUCACAGAGCAAAUCCAAGAGAUAGCCCCAUAUUGGUAUUGGGACUCUCAAUUUUGAGCACAAACUGCUUUUUCAGCUUGACAUUCAGGAAUAAUUGGAUGGGGAGAUCAGUUUGGUCAGACAUAAUGUGAUUUUGUAGCAGAGAACCAGCCACUUAUCUGUGGCUUAUUAUUAAACCAAAUUAUUUGAAAGAAACCUCUGAAUCUGACCUCCGAAUGUUCCCAUGAGAGUUGGCUUUCUUUCUCUUCAACCAGUUCAUCUUUGUAUUGUGUUUUAAUAUACAUGUUUAUGUCCAGUCUGGAAGACACUGGGUGUCAGUCAGAGCCCCCAGCUUUGGAAUCAGACCUGUUUGUUUUCAGGUCCCAGCUACACCAUUUACCAUCUGGAUAGCUUUGGGUGGGCUGCCUUAAUUCCUGGACUCCACACCUGUAUAAUGGGGAUAAUUCCCACCUCACAAUGGAUUUGUCAGAGUGGAUAUGAUAAUAUCAGUAGGGUCCUGGGCCCAGCGAGCUAUUAUAAUAAAUAGAAGAUGUUAUUAUGCUGUCAAUCAUAAGUCCUUAAAGAAAAAUAAGAACAACAGCAAAAAGAAGCAUGUGGUUUAUUUUUCUCUGUUAGAGCCCUUUGUAAGAGAAAGUGAAUUCCUUGAACUAGACUGAGUCAGGGUAGUGGAGCUGCAAACCCAAGUCAAACAUAAAUUAAGCUCUUUAAAUUCCUGUCUCUCUCUUUGAACUACCUGAUAAAACAUUUGUGGUGGGUUCUUCUCCACUCCUUCUCGUUUCCUUCCUGAAUUAGGGAUGCCUUACAAGA